AUGACCGUUUCUCUCUCUUCUCUCAAGUUUCUCCCUCUCCCAGAAAAAGUCAGGGAGGGCCCACUUUCCCCUGAGGAGUACUAUGCACUGAGCUACCCCAAGCGUCUGGUGUAUAGGACCAAGUACAACCCUAGAAGAGUAAUGGACUUGGUUAUUCUGUUCUUCGGCAUCUUCAUCGAAUGGUUGGGCAGUACGCUUCUGGCUCCUGUUACUCCUUGGUACAUCGAGGAUCUAGCUCCCGAUAUGAACCAGGGUACAGCCGCCUCUAUUCUAAUGGCUGCUUAUGCUGUGGGGACGUUCCUUGCCUCUCUAGUCACCGGACCACUCAGUGAUAGACUCGGUCGUCGUCCAGUUCUCCUUUUUGCGAUGGGUAUCUACACCGUUGCUCAGUUCCUCAUGGCCAACGCUUGGGAUAUUGCAAGCUUUGCAGGCUUCCGUGCUAUGGCUGGUAUCUCAGCCGGUACUCGACCUGUGAUCAUAUCCUUCUUGACUGACAGCAGUCGCCCGAUCGAUAUGAAGCUCUACGGUGUGCUCAUGGGCCUCCAUGUGGUCGUAGGACAGAGUGUUGGACCUGCUAUCGGUAAGGGUUGUUUUGUUCCGUUGUGA